UAGUAGUUGCACCUCGGCGCACUCAGCAUGGAAGACCCCGCCGAUUGCCAGCACGCGAUUCACUUCCUAUAACAGGCGGCAGUCUUCACCAUAGCCAACCUGCUGCGCGGGGCAAGCGGCGGUCCCAGCUUACCGCACAUAUACACUCGACCACUCCCACCGUUGGGAACACCUGGCCGCCGACAUGGACGAUCGACCGCGCGCCAGAGCUGGAAAACGGCUGCUGCCAGCUCUCUGUCUGGGCACGGCCCACAAGAUAGACGAAGAGGACGUGAAGCGCAGGCGACUGGCCCUCGGAGAUUACCGACAGACACUAUACGCCGACAUUUUGGCCCACUGGGUUGUCAAUCAUACGGCGGCGGCGACUAGCGACCGGCCACUGCCGGAAUACGUCGACUGCGAUAAGAUGUUUCAGGACCUCGUCGCCCGCAGCGCAGAGCACGGCAAUGCUGAGGUUCCGACGCAAGUUCUGGCGGCGCACGUGGAGCCGGCGGCCGGCGGUGGUCCUGGGAUGGGCAACGGCUGUGACGAAGCCUCUGGCUGCGAUGACGGCUUAGGCGACGGCAUCGCCUCGGGUCGGUUCAACAUCGGAUCGGCCGGUGAUCUGAGGGACGGGAGCGCGAAUCUUCCCUUGCUCGAGCUCGUUGUUCGAAAUGCCUCCUCGGCCGCAACAGCCGAAGCCAGCUCUGUAGCUGACAUCAACGAUGCUGACAACGCCAUUGUGCUCGAGCGGGAGGGGCAAGAUCAUACGAUGACCGAGGCGAGCCCUGGGGCCAAGACCAGCGAUGCGAGCAACAAUAUUAUGUCCGAGCGAGAGAGGGAAGAUCAUGCAACGGCCGGUAUGAGCCUUGCAGAUAGCAUCAACAAUGUAGUCGGCGCCGCUAUGUCCGAGAAGGCGGGGGAAGAUAAUGCACUGACUGAGACGAGCCGCACAGCCAAGGCCAGCAAUAUGCGGUUAUACGUGUAG